AAAAUUUCCUGAAGUGGUCCUGCUUUUAGAAUUUGUGUAUUCUAAAGUGAAAUCUCUUUGAAAGGGUAUUAUUUUAAGGAGUGUGAUCAUUAAGCAGGCAUUUGUUUGUCUUUUAAAAGCAAUGUAAAAAUAGUAAGACUUUCUGUCUGUUGCAGAUCGCUUUUUACUUGUGGCAUUUGUGCUUUUAGGGUGCUUACAUCUAGUAGAUAAAUUAUUGGUGAAGUAAACUUUACUGUAAGCAGGAGGGAAGAGUUUGCCCACUCAGCAGCUGCUGACUUUUUGACUUUACCUUGCAUAAAAUGGUGCUGCUUGUUGUGCCUUUCUGUUGUUCACAAACUGAGUUUCCAAAUCAGUUCCUUAGAGCUUAUUAACCUUUCAUCUCCUGGGAGAUGCACUUUGUUCAAUGUACUGCUGUGUUGCAGGUCUUGUAUGUGAUUCUUUAUGAAAUCACUUGUUCGUUCUUUCAUUAACUGCGAAGUUUGAAAUUGGAAGAGAAAUUGCCAUUUGGUUUGGGGUUUGUACAAUUAAGAAAAUCUUAGCAGUAAGUUUUUUUCAUAUAACAAAAUGAUUCUUAAACCAAAUUACUUCCUUAAAUUGGAGUUAUCAGUUAAAAUGGGUCUGGGGUGAGCCUUUUUUCCCUAGUGCCCUGAAUACUUCGAGUUCAGGAUAUAGGCAGUCAUUUUGGUCUCUCUGUGUAGCAACAGAGAGCCUUUCUAGCACUGUGUCAUCCAAAUAGAGUAAACUGUAAUGAGACUGAUGACUUUCAUCAGGCUGCUGCGUCAGUCUAGCACUUUGCAUGAUUAAGGAUUUAGUUCUUCUAAUUAAUUGUUAAUGAGGCCUAAUGAUUUACACGAAGUCUAGGUGUUUAUUCUAUAAAAGCCGUUUUGAAAACAGGAGUCUGCAUUUGAAAAUAUUAAUGCUAAUCUUCUACCAAAAUCUAGAUUGAACAUAUUAAUUUUCUUAGGCAGUUUGGAAAUAGUUGCUCUUGCACAGGCUUUUUGUCUGCCAGGUAGAGGGCACAUCUCCGCUUCUCUUUUUCUCCUGCAUCGCUUACCCCACUUGGUGGGUAAACAUUGUCAGUCAAAGAGGAGCAAACUGUGUGGGGAAACAGUGUUCACAUUUUCAUCUGCAUUACCACCUGGAUGUAUACGCCAUCUGAAUUAAUCCCCUGCACAUGCAGGCAGCCUCCUGUCUCACACAAGCAAACAUGUUGCAUAUCCAUCCCGUUGCGCAUAUAUCCAUCCAUCCAUCCCGUUGCGCAUAUAUCCAUCCAUCCAUCCCGUUGCAUAUAUAUCCCAGCUUUCCAUCUUGCUCAGUACUGUUAGAAUUCUGUGGUCCCCUCUCUGUUUGUAAGCAGUGUCUCUUUCCCAAUUCCUGAUGUGUUUGUUUCGAGUGCGAUACUCCUCCUUUUCCCGAGUGCAGUGCGCAGUGUAAGUCCUGUCACUGUGAUGAAAGUCUUGAGUGGAAGCAAAUCCAAAGUGGUUAAAAAUGGGGAAUGUGAACAUGCAUUAUUCUGAUGAUCUUCUCUGAACGAAGUGAACGUUAGUUAGCCUCAUGUAGUUGGUAAGAAAGAUCAAGAGAGGCUAAGAUUGUGAGGAGCUAUCUGGCAAUUUAUUUGUAGCAUGACUCUAGACCCCAGAGCUACACAUUCUAAUUCAGUGCUUAGUUUGCUUCCGUUAAACACCAUCUCUGGAUUUCUGUAAUAAUUACAUGGUCUGUGGAAAAAAACAAAUGACCCUGUUAAGUGCUCAUAAGAACGCCAUAUUUAAAGUCUUCCUAGCUGAGUUUAUAACCCAGGUCACAGAUACUAAAUGGUGCCUGAAAACUUCAUCAACUGCUAUUUCAAAGCUCCCUCGGAAAUUGUAGGGAAUCCGAAUCACUUUCUGUCCAGUCCUUUGUUGCUAGGUUUUUUUAUUACCCAAUGGUUGUGUGAUUAGGCUAUAUAAUGAGAAAGAAAGAUUUAUGGCAGUAUAUCAGAACUGCUUAGGAACCCAUUUAAAUAAACCAAAGUUUUUUUGUUUUGUUUCACUUAAGGAGUGAAACAUUUUUAUUUUAACUCAGGUUUUGCAGCAAUCCUUACAUUUAAUAAAAAAACUACGUUUGAGGAAAUAUAAAUAUUUUCUGGCUAUCUUUGUAAAUCUGUAUGAUUUGUGGAUGAGUAAUAAAAAAUGACAGCAAACACAUAAUUAAAGAAAUAGUGUAAGCGUGCAGCAGCUAAAGCACAGAACUACUUGCUGCCUGUUAGCACAUGUGGUUUUGCCCCCCAACCUGGGAGGUUCUUAAUAUCACAAGUAAGAGAGUGUGAAAGACAGAAACUUUUAACAGGUAUUGAUUGAUCUGCCUGGGUCAGUUUUGGAUGCGCUUUGCGUGGAGCAGGAGUGAUCCUUCAGUGCUCCUUGCAAAAGCUGUUUGGCAUGCUGAGGGGGGAUUUGUAACACCCUAAAAGUCUUGAUAAUAAAAUAGCAAUUCAUCCUGAAAAAAUUUGUGUACAAAACCGAUCUUUUUAAGUGGACAGAAUAUGCUCUUGGUGUCAAGUUAUACCAGCAGUUCUUAACGCAUGUUCAGUAGAAUAGCUUUCUUUAGGAUCUACCGUUUUCUGUGUUUGGAAACCUCCAGGAUCUAGGGAAGAGAAGAGAAGGAAAUAAGUAUUUUUAAGCUAAGAGUAUUUGUGUUUCAGGCUGUCUCCUUUUUACUGUUAUUUUCUUUUAAAUUAGUAGAACUAUUCUUUUUCCAGCCUCCCAGCCAUGGAUUUCAGUUAGGAAACGAGAGUCUCUAAAUAUGUCUAAUUUUAUAGUAGUACAAAGAAUAACUUAUUGUCAGACUCUGCCUAUAUUGCUUGAAGCACAUUAUAUAUUAUGGAAAAGGGAAUUAGGGGAAUUAUUCCUGAUUCUCCAAGUGGAACACCUGAAUCUAGAGAGCUGGGAUGCUGCUUCUAAAAGGGCUACGACUGUUCGUUACAAAGGCAGAAACCUUCGUAUCAAAGCUCCGAUGUGCAGGGCUUUGAAGAAACUCUGUGAUCCAGAUGGUGUUAGUGAUGAAGAGGACCAGAAGCCAGUACGUCUUCCUCUCAAGGUCCCUGUGGAGUUGCAGCCACGAAAUAACCAUGCAUGGGCUCGGGUACAGAGUCUUGCCCAGAAUCCACGGCUUAGGAUGAUUGUGGAGUUACAUCGGAAGGUCUCCAGCCUCAUCGAGUUCCUGAAGCAGAAGUGGGCUCUCCAUGAAGUGCGUAUUCGUAAAACACUAGAAGAACGGCAGCUUCAAGACUCCAGAGACUCAGAAACAAGAGGCAGCUUCUCAGAGGAGAAAGUGAUGCUCCAUCUCUUUCCAGGAGAGAAUUGUACACUCACUCCGCUGCCUGGGGUAGCCAGGGUGGUCCACUCCAAGGCUUUCUGCACAGUGCAUUGGCAGGAAACUGGCAAAUGCAAACAGAACACAAAAGACACUCACUUACUACCCCCUGCACAGAUCUUAGGCAUACAGAGCGGUCAGGGGACAGCUAGGGGACAGCUAAAAUACACAAGGGGAACAGAAGGUAAGGGUGUUGGAAGGGUAGAGAGCACUACAGAGUCAAGCAGAACCUCUCAGCCCCCAGCUGAAGUUUCUGCAAGCACUGAAGAUGGCACCCCAGAGGCUGGCCUGGUGGAAGGAACAGCCUCAAAUCUUGGCAUCACUAAUUCUCUCCAAAAACCUCCUUCUGGACUUCAAGAUCCAGGAGGGAACCACGAAAAGCUGAGCUCAGUGGCCUUCUGUGUGGAGGGCAGGGAGGCCCUGGCUAGUGACCAGGCAACUGUGCUACCAUCGUGCAGCACAGCUUGUGCUUGCAGUAAGAUCCCUGAUGUGGAGGAGCUCUCUCUGCUCGAUCCAUUCCCACGGUACAUGAAGUCCUGUCAGGACCUGAUUGUCCCAGAGAAAUGUUCUUGCACAGACAAACUGCAUGGGAAAGACUCUACUCCAGCAGCUGGUGAUACUUCUCCUGUGGCUUUUCCAAGCGGGAGGAGCACAGAGACAUCUGACUCCUAUUCACAGCUACUGAGGGGUGGUGUGGCUUCACCUAGCAGUGGCCCAUCUAGAUGUGAAACUCAGGCCAGCCACAGCCAGGGCCAGCAGCUUGAUGCUUGUACCAAGGAUACAACAGAUGCAGCAAUGGAGGAUUCUCAAGAGAAGCUGGGCUCCUCGUUUCCACCUCCACCUCAGGGACAAUCUAGUACAAAGUCUCUCAAGGAUGACCCAAGCCGGCUCUCUCAACAGGUUAGAGAAGAAGGAUGGAGCCUGCGAACUUCUGAGAGCCUUACGCUGGCUGAAGUCUACCUCAUGAUGGGCAAACCGAACAAGUUGCAGCUGGAAUAUGACUGGUUGGCUGUCUUGGAGCCAGAAACCCAGGAUGCUAGGGAACAAACAUCUGAGUCAAGUGCUGUUCCUACGUGUACCACCUUUCACAAGCAGAGACUCCUAAACUGCCUUUUAAAACUCAUCUCUACUGAAGUCAAUCCCAAACCAACGCCUGAGAUGAGCUCUGUUGCCACGUCACCUAUAAAGCCUGCUCAGGAGGAACAGUCCCUGACUCCUCCGGGAAAGGUGAUUGCCAUCAGCACCAGGAGUCCAGGUUGUGCACGAAAUCAAUCUGCUCUUCGCAGCAACAAGACUUUUUCUCCUGGUGCUGCUUCCAGCUCCUCAGGUUUGAGAAACCUCCCUAGACCUCUCUUGGUGGCUGGUCCUUCUAGUUCUGGAAGCACUGAUGCAGAUGGUGGACUAUUUGCAGUUCCUACAACUCUACCACCCAACAGCCGCCAUGGGAAACUGUUCUUGCCUAGCAAAGAAGCAGAACUGACCUUCCGGCAGCACUUAGACACAAUCAGUAUGCAGUCGGACUUCUUCUUGCCAAAGCCAAGGAAGCUGCGGAACAGGCACCUGCGGAAGCCAUUAGUAGUGCAGAGAACACUGCUCCCCAGGCCAUCUGGAAAUCCAUCCCAGCAUGUCUGUUCCUUUUCUAUCUUAUCCAACUCAUCCAUUACAGGGAGAGGUUCAUUUCGGCCAAUCCAGUCCUCACUGACUAAAGCUGCUGUUUCUCGUCCAAUUGUGCCCAAAGUUCUUCCAACACAGGCUACCAACCAUCUGUCUAGUGCUAUCGACUUGGCAGCUAAGAGUGCUGGUAUCAUCCCUGGUAGCCCUGUCCCUGUCCUGGAUGCGGAUGGUUUGUCAGGUGUAUCUCCACUGUCACCAGACGGAGUGACCACGGUGGUAACAGGGCAGGAGUCAACAGUAGCACAUCAGAAUGGAGGCUCCAUCACCACUGUAGAGAGCUCAGGCCCUGGGUGUCGGGUGCCGUUCAUCAGCCUACCAGCACGGCAUGAGCAGGAGUCUGUUCCUGAUGGUUUCCAGGGCACAUCAGUCCUUUCUCUGUCAGAAUUGUCCAAGGCGCCCCUCCCAAAUGGUCUUUCCACCCCUCCACUUCCCUCAGCAGAGGCUUCCAGUACCCGACUCUCUCCUCCCAAUGUUUCUGCUCUCUUGGAUAUUUCUCUGCCUGGACCCCCUGAAGAUGUGCUUUCUCAAGGAGAACCCGCCACUCAAAUCAGUGAUUCCAUCAUUGAAAUAGCUAUCAGCUCUGGUCAAUACAGUGAAGGUGUUUCUCUCUCUCCUGCAAAGCUGAAUGGCAGUGACAGCUCCAAAAGUCUUCCGUCCCCAUCCAGUAGUCCUCAACAGAACUGGAUUGCCUCUCCCAGCCAUGAUCCCCAGUGGUACCCCAAUGACUCCACAGACUCGUCUCUCAGCAGCUUGUUUUCAAGCUUCAUCUCCCCCGAGAAGGGACGAAAAAUGUUGCCAACUCCUGUUGGGACUGCCAGUGGCACCUCCUUACUGGGACCCAGCCUUCUGGAUGGAAACUCGCGGGACUCCUUUGUGUCACGGUCUCUGGCAGACGUAGCAGAGGUGGUGGAUUCCCAGCUGGCUUGCAUGAUGAAUGAGAACAGCAUAGAUUACAUAUCUCGUUUUAAUGACCUUGCCCAGGAACUGUCAAUACCUGAGCCAACCCGCAGGGAAAUUCUGUUUGAUGGAGGCGGUGGUGGUCCCCCAAUUGGGGAUCUCUCACAGUGAGUGUAUGAGACCAGCAGGCUGGUGUAGACUGCUCAGCUAAAGUUGGAGCUUGCAGCGCUGGAUCAUGGCAAGGGCAGGUUGUCGAGAAGCAGCUGAGGCUCAGUUGUCCCUGUCUUGUGCACUUCUUUGUAAAAGAGAAGCGUUGUCUUCAAAGGUCUGAAGAAGUACUUGCAAGUCCUGGAACGUGCAAUAUACUGGGAACAACAAAACAUGCAAUAGUAUUAAAGCAAGUGGUGUGUCCCCUGCAUCAGUGAUGUAAGAUGGCAGGUUUAUGGGGCAGUCCUGGACUCAAUACUUUGGAAUGGCCUAAGCAAGAAGCUCAAGCAGGGAAGGGUAUUGCCAGAAGCUCCCCUAUGUGAAUUAUUUUUUGCAUAGUAAUCAAAACGCCAUGUUUUGGGAUCCAUAUUGAAGUUAUGGAGGAUGAAGGGUGUGGGUGGGUAUGGGAAUCACUUUGCAUCUUGACAUGUCCUAGUUGGCACUCUUUUUAUCAAUCAGUCAAACUGAAUUUUCUUGCACUCUCUCAAAGGCGCUGCAACUCUACGAUGCUUCAUUUUUAUAGACCAUUCUGUUUCUUUGGCUAUAUUUUGUUGUUUGACCAUUCCAGCAAGGGAACGUACCUGCUUGCUUGUUUUGUAGGGGAGCUCUGAUUCACCCUACUCCCAGAUUGCAUGGAUCCUUGGGGAUUUUCCUCUAUUUUUAAACCCCGUCACAUGUCACAAUCAUCGUCAUCCUGACUGCACUCAUAUUCUCCACCUUUGAGAUUCUUCAUCACAUUGCACUGCUCGCCCAUGAGUGGAAGAGUGCUUUUUUCGUUUCCCUGAAGAACGGUUGCUUUUUAAGUCAGGAAACACUGCAAAAGAGCUUACUGGAAUCACUAUGAAAGCUUUGUCAUAGUUAGUCUUAGCUUUGCUGGAAACCUGUAUAUAUUGCCAUCUUUCUUGACAAAAACUGAGGAUUUACCUGGGAGAGGAAAUAGGAAAGAAUAUUGUAAUGUAUAGAAACAAAUAAUAUGUUAACGCUAAAGUUGUUGAGAUCUGUUUUGUCAUGAAGAGGAGAGGUGUCAAGUCCUAGCUUAAUCCCUUAGUCCUUGGUUAUUUUCUCCUUGUUCUGUGAAUUCAGUGUGCUCUGUAGUACCUCAGGGCAUCACUUUUCAUUGUAGUUCACUCCCAGGCACUAGUGGAUCUGGUGCUCCCUCUACUAAAUCCCUAAGCAUUUAAUGUUAGUGUUUUAAUGUUUGAAGGACACAGAUCCUGAUACCAGCGGGUUCAAAGGAAUAAAAGUUAUUUCUCUAUAGCUGGUUAUCCGUCAGUUCUGCCCUUACAACUCAGGAGACUUUUCCUAUUUCCUUUCCUACCAGUCAUGAGAGAGAAUACCUUUAUUGUGCCCCUUUUUUAAGCACUUGUCUGCUUCUCCAGUAAGAGGAUGUCCCUUGGCUAUUUUAAGUAGCUCUGAACUUAUCCAAGGGGCUAGUCCUAUACAAACCUCAACUCUAUAUUAUUAAUAAAUAAAACUGCUCCAUCUCUUAGGCUAUUAUCAGGGGUUCAUUUUCCCAACUUGCACUAUACUUGGUGGAUGUAGUUCUGCCUGCCUU